AUGAGGUCUGGACAACUGCGCCACCCCGAUCCUAAUCACCCAUACAACCUUCCAACAUGGCGGAAGCUAUUCAUGCUCGCCACCAUCUCGCUCACUGCUUUUGCGGCCAAUGAGAUGGCAGCAGCACACUUAACUGCAUUCCAUCAAGUCUCGGUCGCCUUCCACCGCACUAUCGCCGCCACGGCCAACACCAUCGGCAUCGGUAUUCUUGGUCUCGGAACCGGCCCCCUUCUUUGGAACGCACUUGCUGAAUCCAUCGGCCGUCGUCCAGCUUACAUCAUCGCUUGGUCUCUCUACAUCCCUUGCACCGUCUGGCUUGCGCGAGCCGGUAGCUACGACAGCUUUGCUGCUGCUCGAUUCUUGGCAGGUUUCACGUCCUCGGUGUCGCAAACCGUCCCAGCCUCACUCAUCUCGGAGACUUUCCAGCCAGAACAUCGAGGCGCUGCUAUCGCUGCCUGGACCGUCCUACUCAUUGCUGGUCCCGUCACAGCCCCUGUCAUUGGCGCCGGUAUCUUGACUCGCACCACUGAUUGGCGAUGGGUCUAUUACCUCACCCUUAUCCUUGCCGGCGGUCUCUGGGUCUGUAUUCUGCUCUUCGUCCCCGAAACUCGCUACAUCGCCAAUCCGGCUGCUGCCACCAACGUCUCUUCUUCACACAACGGAUCCUCCUCACACUAUGAGGCCGAAAAGAAGGACUCACACUCGAUCGUGGACGGCACGGUAACACCUCCCCUUGCCAGCGCUGGUUCACUUGAAAGUGGCUCCAACGGCCGCGUUGGUGUAGCUUGGUACCCUUGGAAGGAACCCGGCCGUUUCGUCAAGGAGAUUGUCGCGCCACUCAAGAUGGCUGUGUAUCUUCCCGUUAUCCUUCCCUCGAUUCUCUACGCCGUCAUCUUCAUGUGGUCGGUCGGCUUCACGGUUGUCAGUCCUCAGGUAUUCCCACGACCUCCUUGGACCUUCACCAACGUCCAGGUCGGCCUUUCCUUCCUCGCAGCCGCUGUGGGAGCAUUGAUCGGCAAAUUUGCCGGGGGCUACCUCAGUGACAAGACUGUCGACUCCUUCGUGGGUCGCAACUCAAACGGUCCCAAUCAGGGCAGGCGUGUGCCUGAGUACCGUCUGUGGGCACUACUCCCCCAUGUGAUCCUGCUCACCGUGGGUCUGUUGCUUUACGGAAUUGGCUAUGCUAAGAAAAUGGCAUGGCCCGUUGAGGUUAUCGGCGGCAUCGGUGUCUACUAUGUUGCAAACUCGGCAGCUGGUGGUAUCUUGCAGACCUAUAUCAUCGAGUCGUACAUCACAAAGGCGGUACAUGGAAUUGCUCUGUUCAACUUUGUCAAGUGCUGUCUCGCCUUCUCUGCACCUUUCUUCGUGCCCGAAUGGGCUUUCGAGGGAUUCACAAAGGCCUACGUCGUGCAGGCUGUGGUGACAGCAGCAUUGACGCUCUUUACAAUCGUAGCGCUGCUUGCAUUCGGUGCCAAGCUGCGUCGCGCACAGAAGAUGGUCUCCACCGGCUGA